ACUAUCCCUACUGUCCCAUUAUCCGCCAACUGGCCACGAAUUUAGUUCCUUUUGUUGAAUACGAUACGUUGACCAUACAGGACAGACCGAAACAAAUUUAUACAUUCGUCCUUGAUUGAAAUCCCUUGAAUAUGUCCUGCCACAAGAAUGAUAAUCUAUCAACGACAUGUACAUCUGUUCAAAGUGGAUUCAGUCCGCAUGGGAAUUCGAGUGAUGAAAAUGAUUGGGAGGAUAUCGAUUCAGCUACCCGCCAUUUAAUGAGUGUCUCAAAACAUCAACCAUUGCCCGAAGGAGAUGAUGUAUUUGACGAAGAGCCAUUUAAGGAUUUUCGACACAUGCAUGAAUUACCUGAUGGCUUUACUCAAUUUUGUUCAGAAGAAGAAAUUGAGACUGGGUCUAGUGUACACUCUCUGACAAAGGCCAUGCAGAUACGGUGUAAAACCAUUCCCUCAAAUCCUGGUGAGUGCAUGGUGUUCCCGAUGUUGUUGCUAGAUAUAGAGG